ACAGCGAACUCGAGGUUGAAGGAACGGCAGAGGGAUAUCUUUUUGAAGUCUUUUUUCUACACAAUAGGCCACAAAAAGUGUAAAUAUAUAAAACAAGACAUGGAUUCAAAUUCAGGGAGAGUCUCAACGCCGAUUCGGUCACCAACCGAUAAGGAUUCACGGACGCUGACAGUCAAUCGAACAAGCGACUUUCCUUUCGAAUUUCGAAGGGCCAUGCUCAGUCCACCAACUGGACAACUUAGGAGAGAUUCAACGGGCUCUCUGUCACCCGAUGAUGAUAUUACUUUGGAAAAUCUCGACAACGAUGAAGAUUGGGACACAGACCUGGAGACCGAUGAUUGCAAAGAGGAAUACGAUGUUACAGGAAGAACAACAUAUAUUCAGGCUUGCAGAGAAGCUGGUGUCAUUCCAGCAUCCUUCUUUUURCGCAACAUGCAAGAAUCAGAUGUUGAUAUCAAGCAUCAUGGACUUGGGCCGAUGGGUGCUAAAGCAAUAUCCAUUGCACUAGUUUCUAAUACAUCGGUAAUCAAGUUAAAUCUAAGAGAUAACUGGCUUGGGGCAGAUGGUGCUUCAUUUAUUGCUGAAAUGUUGAGGGAAAACUGUUAUAUCUCAGAUCUUGAUAUGUCCGAAAAUAGGCUUGGAGACAGAGGUGCUGAAUGUCUUGGUGAUAUUCUUGUGCACAAUUCAAAUAUUCUUAGACUGACUGCUAGUGGAAAUGGGUUUGAAGACAAAGCUGCUGGAACACUUGCAGAGUCUAUCAAGACAAAUACUACAGUUAAAUACCUGUGUCUCAGUCAUAAUCGAAUUGGAGAGAAAGGAGGUCAGCUGCUUGCACCUGCUUUAGCUGCAAAUGAUGCUUUAACAGAAUUAGAUCUCAGCUGGAAUCAUCUUCGUGGUAAAGGAGCCUGUGCAUUGGCUCUAUCACUAAAGGAGAAUAUAACGUUGAAGAUCCUUAACCUGGCUUGGAAUGGUUUUGGGAAUGAUGGAGCUUUAGCUAUGGGAGAGGCACUCAAAGUUAACUCAUCACUACUUGAACUUGACUUAACGAACAAUAGAAUAACAGCUGAAGGCGCUGUACAUCUUGCCAAGGGACUGAUGGUUAAUACAACUUUACAAGUGCUUAAGGUUGGUAAAAAUCCUAUGCAAAGCGCUGGUGCUUAUGCGAUAGUCAACUCGAUGAAAAACAAUCCCGAAUGUGCAUUGGUGGAAGUGGAGCUCACGGACAUCAAUGUCAACAACGACUUCAUUGAAUUAUGCAAAGAGGUUUUACUUACUCGGCCAAACGUACGGAUAUCCCAUGGCGGUAGUGGUGGGGCGUUGUCCAAACCUAAAGGCCGCCCUUCACCUAUGAAAAUUCUUAAAAACUACAUCGUUGACAACAGGAUGAGGCUUCUGGAUUUCUUUAACACAUUAGACAAAGAUAAAAGUAUGAGUAUUUCGAUAAAGGAGUUUGCUGAUGGACUGAAGGAAACAGGAAUAGAUAUGAAAUACGAAGAACUUUUCACACUCAUCGAAACCUUAGAUAAAAACAAGGACGGCGAGAUAAAUUACAGUGAACUUGUUAUGGGAUCAAUAGAACAAGUCAUAGAAGAUAGAAAAGAGAAGAUUAAAGAACAAGCCGCUGAUGAAAGACGUAGACGUAUCCUAUCACCAGAACCACCUCCACCCAGUAGAUAGAUCCAUUUCAAUAGAUUUCCUACCUUGAAAUAUAAAUACA